AAUGGACCAUUUCAAAAAAUUAAGACAAAAUGUUGUUACAUUUGUUUUGUAAAAUUCAAACAAAGCCUGUCUCCAUUUAAAGCUAUGCCAAGUCUUCCUGACACACCCCAUUGGCACUGACACCAAACCUUCAACACUUCUUCAUUCCUCAAAUCCCUGGUUAUCAUUACAUUGUGUAGGCUAUAUGUCACGGGUUCAUCAUCUGCAAGAUUGAACGCCACGCUGCUGAGAUGCUUUCAACUUUGGGAAAAACCAGAAUAUUCUUAUCCAUAUUGUGCAUCAUUGGCAUUGGGCUGUUGUCUAAAUUUUCAUGGAAGUAUUGGGUGUUUUCUCUGGAUGGUCAGAGCUCAAGUUUUAAUACCUACAUUAACAAAUGUUUGCCAGAGGAUGAUCCAUGGUUUACGACGCUUAUCAAUGCAGCCCCUCCACCCUUUUUGACAAAAAACUAUACACCCUCGGAGAGCGAUUUCAACUGGUGGAAGCGCUUACAGGGGGAAAAACGCAACUUCACUUUCUACAAAACAACAGUGGACAGCCUGUUCAACAUCUUCCCACCCAUUUCAGAUAUUUUAGAGUCCAGCCCUGUCCGCUGCAGGACUUGUGCUGUGGUGGGGAACUCUGUUAAUUUAAAAGGAUCACACUAUGGACCUCUCAUAGAUAUGCACAAUAUUGUAAUAAGAAUGAAUCGUGGCCGUACGAAAGGCUUCGAAGAGGAUGUUGGGACCAAAACUACUCAUCAUGUAAUGUAUCCUGAGAGUGCCAUAUUUUUGGACAAUGACGACAUCCAUCUCGUGCUGUUUUCAUUCAAGAUAAACGAUCUACUGUGGCUCCUCAAGAGAUUCGAUCCAAGGGAAAUCAGUGCUGGGAAGUUAAAGAAGAUAGCGAACAAGGAUCGGGUGAUGAUCGUCAAUCCAGCUCUCCUCAAAUAUGUUCAUGAAAUGUGGCUGGAAAAGAAGGGCAGGUAUCCAUCCACUGGCUUUCUGACUCUGGCUCUCAGCCUGCAGAUUUGUGAUGCGGUCAGCGUUUUUGGCUUUGGAGCAGACAGCGCUGGAAGCUGGAGCCAUUACUUUGAAACCUUUAGAUUCAAAAACUUUAAAACUGGAGUUCAUGCAGGACCGCAUGAAUAUAAUGUUAUUCAGCAACUGUACCAGAAGAAGAAAAUUCUUUUUUUCAAAGGAUCUUGAAUGUAAUUUUUGAGCUGAGUAGUUAACUGCUUUAACUUAAAGGGACGGUUCACAUACAAAUCAGACAUAUGUUUCCUCUUACCUGUGGUGCUAUUUAUCAGUCUGGAUUGUUCUGGUGUGAGUUGUCAAAUGUUGGUGCUAGCGGCCAUACACAUGUCUGCCUUCUCUCCAAUAUAAUGCAACGACAUGGCACUUGGCCUGUGAUGCUCAAAGCACCACAAAAAUACAUUUGAAAACCUCAGUGUUAAAGUCUCUUUCCAGGAAACAUGGUUACUCAAGAUAAUCUGCAGACCUUGUUGUGGGCAGCUUCACAUAGGGACUAUUUUCCUUCUACCAAACUACACCAACUGUAUUACCACAAAGAAGAAAACAUGCAUCUUCUUUGCAGUUGUCGAACUACGUGUAGUCGUAUCUAUUGAGUCUUUAAAUGUGUUAAAUGUUCAGGUCAUUUUCAGUUUUGGUGUCAUAGAAUGAAGUACUGUUGCACAAACUGUUUUUUUGUCAAUCAUAUACUCAACUGUCUAACAUAUGGAAAGUAGCCUACCGUAGCAAACCACCCAUUAUGUCUACAAACAGGUGCAAUAUCAGGGCCAUAUAUUUAUUAUCUGUUAA